CCUAAAACCAUCAGCAAAUGUUACUACUCUGAAAUCAUCAACAACUGUUGCUAAUCCAAAACCAUCAGUAAAUGCUACUACUACAAAACCAUCAGCAACUGUUGCUAUUUCAAAGCCAUCAGUGAAUGCUACUAUCCUAAAACCAUUAGCAAAUGUUACUACUUCAAAACCAUCAGCAACUGUUGCUACUCCAAAAUCAUCAGUAAAUGUUACUACUACAAAACCAUCAGCAAAUGUUACUACUUCAAAACCAUCAGCAACUGUUGUUACUCCAAAAUCGUCGGCAAAUGUUACUACUCCGAAAUCAUCAGCAACUGUUGCUACUCCAAAAUCAUCAGUAAAUGCUACUACUCCAAAAUCAUCAGCAACUGUUACUAAUCCAAAACCAUCAGUAAAUGCUGCUACUCCAAAACCAUCAGCAACUGUUGCUAAUCCAAAACCAUCAGUAAAUGCUACUACUCUAAAACCAUCAGCAAAUGUUACUACUCUGAAAUCAUCAGCAACUGUUGCUACUCCAAAGCAAUCAGUAAAUGCUACUACUCCAAAAUCAUCAGCAAAUGUCACUUCUCCACAACCAUCAGCAACUGUUGCUACUCCAAAACCAUCAGUAAAUGCUGCUACUCCAAAACCAUCAGCAACUGUUGCUAAUCCAAAACCAUCAGUAAAUGCUACUACUCUAAAACCAUCAGCAAAUGUUACUACUCUGAAAUCAUCAGCAACUGUUGCUACUCCAAAGCAAUCAGUAAAUGCUACUACUCCAAAAUCAUCAGCAAAUGUCACUUCUCCACAACCAUCAGCAACUGUUGCUACUCCAAAACCAUCAGUAAAUGCUGCUACUCCAAAACCAUCAGCAACUGUUGCUAAUCCAAAACCAUCAGUAAAUGCUACUACUCUAAAACCAUCAGCAAAUGUUACUACUCUGAAAUCAUCAGCAACUGUUGCUACUCCAAAGCAAUCAGUAAAUGCUACUACUCCAAAAUCAUCAGCAAAUGUCACUUCUCCACAACCAUCAGCAACUGUUGCUACUCCAAAACCAUCAGUAAAUGCUGCUACUCCAAAACCAUCAGCAACUGUUGCUAAUCCAAAACCAUCAGUAAAUGCUACUACUCUAAAACCAUCAGCAAAUGUUACUACUCUGAAAUCAUCAGCAACUGUUGCUACUCCAAAGCAAUCAGUAAAUGCUACUACUCCAAAAUCAUCAGCAAAUGUCACUUCUCCAAAACCAUCAGCAACUGUUGCUACUCCAAAACCAUCAGUAAAUGCUACUAUUUUAAUAUCAUCAUCAACUGUUACUACUCCAAUAUCAUCAGCAAAUGUUACUACUCUGAAGUCAUCAGCAACUGUUGCUAAUCCAAAACCACCAGCAAAUGUCACUACUCCAAAAUUGUCAGCAACUGGUACCAGCCUGAAACCACCAGCAACAUCACCAUCAUCACUACCAAUGACAACCAUAACACCAUCACCAACAACAACCAAAUCACCAUCAGCAAGAGCAACGAACACAUUAUCACCAACAACAACCGCAACACCACCGGCAACAACCAGAGUAACACCAACAAAUACCAUAGUACCAACAACAUCAGCAAGUACAACUAGCCCAACAACACCAAAUACAACCUACUGCGCAUAUAUCAUGACAAUGACAAUAACGAAAAGCAACACAGAAAUUGAAGAUGAAGAAGAAAAACAAGUAUGUUCUGUAGCUAUCAACGAAUGUUCCGACGAACACACGGAGAAAGAUUCACCUUACUAUUCAGCUUGUCAAAAGUAUUUGGAGAACCAAAUUUGUGGUAUAAGCGCGUUUAAGGAAACAGAUUGUAGGUUAACGAUAACAGAUCUAAAGUGUGGUAGCCUGAUUACUGAACAUAAGUUAGUGCUUGGAGUGCGAGGUUCUGAUCCUAGUGGUAUAUUGAUAGGUAGUGCCGGGAAAGUAAUUAGGGAUGAAAUAAAAGAUGGUUCACUUGGUGCAUUAGCAAUAGAUACAACGUCUUUCAACUCGACAUUCAAAGGAAACGUUCGCGAACCAAAAUCGACUAAAAAACCCCCACAAGUUGAAUUUAAUGUAUAUGUGAUUGUCACAAUGGAAUAUACAUGGUAUGAAUUUUGUAAAAUUAAGGAACAUUUCAGAGAAACGAUCGCCAGCAGAUCGUAUGAUAUGAAAGGCAAAAAAUUGAAAACUACCGACAUAUUCAUUGUAAACAGCGAAACAAAUUGUGCAAUGCCUGCAGAUAAAACCAAGGAGGGUAUUGAUGUUUGGCUUGUGGCGCUGGGAUCAGAUGCGGAUAAAGUAACCAUACAAAUUGGGAAUGAUUUGAAGGAUUUGCUCGAUUCCAGACAGUUAACGAAACUUGGCAAUCUAUUUGAGGACAGGGUAAAGUUUUAAAUUUUUAUACGAUUGUAUGGCGAACACGUUUAUUGCUACGCCUAUUAAUUUACUGACCCCAAAAAUAUUUAUUAUUUUAUGUGAGUAAUUAAAA